AUGCCGCCGUUCUCACCUCCCGCACUCGCUCUUGCUCCUCCUCCAACGCCACUCAGUCCCAAACUCCCCGACAGCGACGGACAUUCACCACCUGUAUCGGUGCAUCCUCCUCCGACGACAACUACACGGGAGGCACCUUGUCCUCCUGUCCGUCAUCUGCCGCAACAACCACACCAGCGUCGUCAGGCUGCUUGGCGUGUCCAUCUCAUGGGACUACAUUUACCUAGUCUACGAGUUCGUCAAGGGAGCAAACCUCAUCAAUUGCUUGAGGAAUCCCGACUUCAUAGUCUCGACCUGGAUUUCCAGAAUCCGGAUCAGAUGGACCUCGCCCACGCGUUGGAUUACGUCCACACCAAAACCGGCCUGACAUGA